AUGUCCACCAAGCUUCCCACUGUGAUUUCAAAUGGAACAGCAUUCAAAAAAAUCCCUAUUCAAUUGCUGUUGAAUAAUGGAUCAACGGCACGGAUCUCCUUCCCCUUUGAUGUGAAUUCUCACCAAACGCGCCCUAGGACGGGCAUUACCAGGACAUGUGGACAGUGUGGAGAAAUCAAGACAUCUUUACAGUGGAGAGAGGGUCCUAAUGGCGCCGCUUGCUUGUGUAAUGCGUGUGGGUUGUUCUUCAGAAAGCUAGUUUUACGGUUCGGUAGAGCAGCGGCAAAGAGAUACAUGGAGCAGAUUAAGGGUACUGGUACCAAGAGGAGGAUCCCCAAAGAAUUAACUGGAACGGUCAGGUUUUGA